UUCUGAUGUUUAUGAGACAGAAAUAACUUUGAUCCCGAACAGAACCAGGAGAACGUUCUCUGACUGUCAGAAUUUAAGGAUCAACGAUUCAGACGGUUGGACAUGUUCAUGUCCAAUAUGGAGGACCGGAACUGGGGCCCUGGUUCCCUCCCCCUCCCGGCCCAGUUCCCCCUCCCGGCCCGGUUCCCCCUCCCGGCCCGGUUCCCCCUCCCGGCCCGGUUCCCCCUCCGGGCCCGGUUCCCCCUCCCGGCCCAGUUUCCCUCCCAGCCCAGUUCCCCCUCCCGGGGCUCCAGGAGGAAAGACACUCAGGCUCCGCCCACUGGGAGGAAGGGCGGGGCUAUCAGUGGAAGAGGUCUCAUUCUGCUGGUUUUCCCAGGAACGUUUGUCUGAAUCCUGAGUUUAAAUGGGAUCUACAUUCUCAGUGACGCCAAAGGAAGAUGGUUAAUGAGUUGAACUUACGGAGCGAUUUCCAAUCAUUAUGACCAACAGAAUGCUUUUACACUUUGGGAACAGUCCAUGUUGGGCAUCCAACACGUUUAGGCUAAUAUAAGGCCAAAUCUGCAACCUUGAUAAAUGCUUAUUUUGUGGAAAGAACACAGAAACAAUACAUUUUGUUUUCUAAAAGAAACAAAUCCCAUCAAAUAUCUUUGGAAUAAUGUGGAUUAAACCAAACAUUAAAGUUCCUGAAUCUGUUUCUGGAGGUACAAUAACAUUUGGUUCUUCUAGAAAAAUAAAGCUGUUUGUAAUCUUAUAAUCGAACAUUUUGUCUGGUGAAAUUCUUUAUUCUCAAGCUGAAGCCGCCAUCUGUCACAUCUCUGCUCUGAAUCCCAGUUUCAUUUAAAUCUCUAAUAUUGAUUAAAACGUGAAGAGCUGAGAAAUAUUAAUAGAAUCAUCAUCUAUCAAUGCCUGUUUGUUCUAAAACGUUCUUCCUUAUUUGUGCUGUUAUGAGUUGUGCUUGGUGUUUAAUGAGUUUCACUGCCUGCAUGUUGCAGAUGAUUUCAGCUGAUCACAUUAAUGCAGCGAAACUGAACAGAACCUGAACAGAACCUGAACAGAACCGGGCAGCAAACACCAACUGUUACAGAUUUGCACAUUCCAGGUUUGGGAAUGUUUUGGUAAAUUAAGUUAAAAAAAAAUAAAACGUUUCAUCAAACCCUGAGCGUAAAUUAGAUUUUGAUGAGGUCAGAGGUCAGACCGGGUUAGAACCCGGCCAGAACCGCAGGGACCGAACCAAACCUACAUACUGGACCCAAACGGUUCCGUGGGUCCAAAAGCUUGGAGUGACGCAUCUCCUCUCAGAGCAGCUGUGACUCUGCGUCAUGACGUCAGCGGCAGAGCGUCAGCCGCCCUGCUGAAUAAAGCGCCUCUCUGUCAGAUGUUCUGGGUUUCGGGUUCGGACGAACUUCCAGCGGGAUUCUGAGUCCAGUCAGGAUGUCGACGACGUCUCAGAAACACCGCAACUUUGUAUCGGAGCCGAUGGCGGACAAACCGGUCACGGCGCUGGCCGGGAUCGGAGACAGACUGGGCCACAGCCUGAUGGAGCAGGGCUACGAUAAGGCCUACGUGGUUCUGGGUCAGUUCCUGCUGCUGAGGAAAGACUCAGAGCUGUUCUGCUAUUGGCUGAAGGACGUCACCGCAGCCAGUAGCAAGCAGGCUGAAGACUGCGCCCAGUGCCUGAAGGAGUGGUGCGACGCCUUCCUGUGAAGACGCCCCGCCCACCACACGGAGGCCCCGCCCACCACGGAGGCCCCGCCCACCACGGAGGCCCCUCCCACCACACAGAGGCCCCUCCCACCACACAGAGGCCCCGCCCACCACACAGAGGCCCCUCCACCACACAUAGGCCCCGCCCACCACACAGAGGCCCCGCCCAUCACAUAGGCCCCGCCCACCACACAGAGGCCCUCCCACCACACAGAGGCCCCGCCCACCACACUGAGGCCCCUCUCACCACAUAGAGGCCUCUACUGUUCCCGCUCUGCGUUGCUGUUCUGAGCUGCCAGAUAUUUUCCUCCUUAUUCUGUAAAAGUUUGUCAUUAAAUCUCUUUGCCCAGAUGUUUGUCUGAUUCCUGAUGAAGGUUCGUCUGAGCUGCAGGUGAGGGGAUCCUAGACGGGCUUGGAUCAGAGUUCUGGUCCAAUGUUUCAGAACGGACUGAAGGUUCUGGAGCUACUCCUUCGGUCCCAGAACCUUCUAGAUCAGGGGUCUCCCAGUCCCGUCCUCACGGGCUGGUUUGUCUGGCAACAGGGAGCUACGCUAGCAUUAAUGCUAGCAACAAAAUGUUAGCUUAGCAAUAAAGCUAAGCUAACUCCAUCAGAGUCAACGUGACGUUAAAAUGUCCCGAUGACGAUCUGAUCAAUAUUUACCAAUAAAUCAGAUCUAAACUUCAGUGAGAAACUAAACAGACUGCAGCUGGGGUCAAAGUUCACA